AGGCUCCCACGAUUUAUGAAUAAUCUUUUUGUAGAUUUAGGUUUUGGUUAAGCUUGCAUAUGAGAUGGAGUCACUGAGGACAAAAUAAAUGGAUCGUAACCGUACAAUCGAUCAUUCGGUAUGGAAGCAGGAAAAUCAGUUUCAAAACUGAAUGUUACUUUGGCUUCAGAUGUUGAUGGCUGGAACAAAACUGUCAAUGGACAGUUAGUUAUUGAACUGGGAAGAAAUGAUAGACUCUGUGUGACUGGUUUUGUUCCAAAUAACACCCAACAACAACGAGAACAUGCCAGCAGUCUGAAUAUUCAACUUGUUGAUUCUAAGGCCCAUGAUGGAUUUUCAUCAGCAGAUCUACUGUCUUUCCCACCUGAUAAUCUUAAUAUCGACAUUCUAUUCAUACACUGUCAUGGAGAAAACUUGGGUCGACAAGCACAAGUUAUAAAGGAUUUAAAGAAAUGCAAGUGGGUUCAGGUUGUGCAUUCAUUUCAUGAAGAAUGUCACAUAGCUGGGUAUGAAGAUGAGCAUAAACUUCAAACUAAAAUGUGUGAAAAGGCUGAUGCUGUUAUCGCAAUUGGUCCAAAGACUGCAGAAUCCUGUAGACGUGCUUUACUCUUCUCAAGAAGACAGGAAAAUGUGAUCAACCUUACGCCAGGUAUUUGUGAAGACCUUAUUGGUGCGCACCAGUUGCAUAAGGAUUGGACAACAUUCCAUGUGCUGAUAAGUGGAUCUUUGAGGCAUUUUAACAUCAAAGGAUGCGAUAUUGCGGCAAAAGCAAUCAAACUAUUGAACACGCCAUCUUAUCAUCUGACUGUUGCGGUGAAAUCCAGUAAUGAGACUGCUGACAUUAGAAAGGCUUUGCUAAAAGAGGGGAUCGAUUCUCGACAACUGACUGUGUGUGUUGCUGAAAGCCGUGAGGACUGGCGCAAAUUGGUGUGUAAAGUGGAUCUUGCUAUUAAGCCUUCAAGAAAUGAAGGAUUUGGAAUGAGUGGUCUUCUUGCCAUUUCUGCUGACUUACCUGUUCUGAUCAGUGAUUGCUGUGGACUUGGCAUUGUUCUUAAGACUGUGUUAUUCGGAAAUUCGCACGUGGUGGACUCUGAUGAAUCUCAGGUUUGGGCUGACAGGAUAAAGCAAGUCAGGAAUAGAGACCCAGAACUUCGCCACAAAGAAGCAAAGCAACUGAGGGAUGGCUACACAAAGAAGUUCAGCUGGAAGAAUCAGUGCGAGGAAGUGGUGGCGAAAUUGUCUAAACUUGUCCAAAAGAGUGAGCAACCUGCAGAGAAGCAGGACCAAGAGGAAACUGUAAAGAAUCUUGCAAAACGAAUUCAAGAUACCAGCUUAUCAGACAAAAGCUCUAUCAGUGAGGUAAAAGACCCUAAGAAGAAAUUUGACAUGGUAGAUGCAGGAAGAACCCAGGUGAAUGAACGGCUUUUAAUGAGUGUAAAAGACAUACCUCUACCUGUAUAUUCACGAGUCUGUGUGUCACUCAAUGUCCUGAGAAAUGUGCGAUUUGACGACUUCAGAAUGCUGGGUGACAAGGUUGGGCUGUCCAGAGAUGAGAUUGAAUUUGUAGGACAGCAGGGAAACCCUGCUGAUGAAAUUCUGAAAACGUGGUCAUCAAGGCCGCGAGAGGCAACAGUGGCAAAAUUAAUUGAACUUUUGAAAGACAAGGAUUUUGGAAGAAUGGAUGUAGCACAGAUAGUUGAAGACUGGGUAUCUUCAAAAGAGAGAUGAAAAGCAAGAACAAAAUUAAUAGUUAGCAAUUUUUGAAAUUUAUGUACAAUACAAUUCUUCAAACAUUACAACAAUAGCAGUUGUUAUCAACUGGCAAUUUUUGGAGUGGUUUGGUGACCUUUACCCUGAGAAACGAUCAUAGUACUUCAUAGUAUUUCAUCUAAAACUUGAAGAGUCUCUGACCCUUUCACUUCCAAGAUCUCAAUUCCAAUUCUCCUUACUGUUUGCCAGACAUUUCUUAAGAUGUUAGUUUGGAG